GUUUCCCCGGCUGAUGGCGUUGUACUUCAUUACGGCAAAGUUGAGGAUGGGAAAAUCGAAUAUGUGAAGGGGCAUGAUUACGAUGUCGCCUCAUUUCUUGGCGAUGUCGCAAUGACCCAGAAGGAUGAUCUUGAUCUAUACCAAGUGGUAAUCUAUCUGGCUCCCGGGAACUAUCAUGCUUUCCACUCACCAACUCACUGGGUAGCAAAGAUGUGUCGACAUGUGCCUGGGCUCUUGCUUUCGGUUCGCCCAUCGCUUCUAAGCCACGUGCCUCACCUGUUCUGUUUAAACGAGAGAGUAGUGCUGAAUGGUAUGUGGAAGUACGGAUUCUUCUCCUUAUCGGCGGUCGCAGCCACGAACGUUGGUGACAUUGUUAUUGAUGCAGAACCAACGCUACGAACGAACCUAGUUCGAAGGAAAAAGGAUAAAAUGCUGCACACAGAAGUGGACAUGCACAACGCUUACCUGCCCGGUGAUCGAGUUGGGGAAUUUCGUCUCGGUUCUACCGUAGUGCUGGUUUUCCAAGCACCAGCCAAAAUACGUUUCGCCAUCAAAGCCGGUGAUGUACUGCGUUACGGGCAGAGCCUUGUGAUUGAUGGAGUCUAG